AUGUGUGAAGACUCUGAAGGUAGGAAUUUCUCAAGGAAUCGUACAUUUGUAAAUGCUGUAAACAAUCAGCAACCUUACUCUCAAAAUGCUAGCGGAAAAAUUUAUAGGUCUACUUCUCAUCCUGCAAGGUUGAAAGAAUACCGAUUGAAUGGCCAAACAAAGUCAAAAUUACAGAGCUUAGCAUUCAAUCCCUCUCAAACAACUUCGAACCCUACGGAAGGAAAUUUUAGCAAAGUAUCACGAAGAACAAGUACUUCGCCCCCAUCUGUUCAAUCAGAUACUGAGGUACUCCAUGGUUCAGAAACCUUGGUACAUGAAAAACCAAGUUUAUUCAGUACAUCGAAAGACACGACCUUAAAAGGCGGGUUUGAUGAAACAAAUAAAAAUGAAGAAUACUCGAACAAUUUACCGAACUUCUCUCCGAAUAAAGGGAAAUCAUUAAAAUCAACAAAUGAUGUUCAGCUCACGGCUGGCUCUAGUUUUAAUAAGUCGAACAUAAAAAAUAAACGGGUUUUAGAGAGAAGCGUUUCCGAUAGCAAGAAGCUUUCUCCAAAGCGAAAGAAAAAAGAAUCCUCUGGUCUCUAUAAGGGCUCCUUCAAUGAAGAUAAUCAAGAAUAUUAUAGUUUUGGUAGUCCUUUAGAUAGAAUUCCUAGCCUUGUUUCUGUCAUUCAAAGUGCUAAAUCUUCCAGUCAAAGCGCUAAAAGUGAAUGCUCAGUUUCUAACGCUGAUGGAUCGGAUACAGAACUUGAUGACGACCCUUUUGAGUUAGAAGAUGAUGACUUCGCGGCCCUUGAUUCGAUUGAAGUUCAGUAUAAACAAAAAUCACUUCAUGGAAGUCACCAAGGUUCUGAAGUUCUAUCUCUUGAAUCAUCAAACAAGGUUGAUGAUCCUAUACCUGUUUCUGAUUACGACAUGAAAGCUCAUCCGUCUGAUUCCAAUCUUAACCAUAAUUAUAUCGAAGGAACUGGUGAGGAUUUCUUGGAUGAUUGGGAUGAAUCUUUUGAUAAUGAAUUACCAGCUCUCAAUUCCUCGUAUAGUCAUACGGAAUUAACUAUUAUUGAGGUAAACGAUGAUUUUUACAUUCACAAUGAACGAAAUUAUCCACAGUUAAAGAUCGUUGUGUAUACUGAAAACGAUGAGGUAAUGAAACAGGUUUUCCUUCGAGAGGACUGGUUAGAUACUCCUAUCUAUAUAGGUGACUUGGUGUAUUUAGAGGUGGAAUUCAAUUCAUCGAUGGAAGCCAUUAUCGAUAACUCCAAAGGAUUUAUUAUAGUGCAUCCAAAAUUACUACUUUCGGCAACUGCUGUUGCUGAAUCUUUUUCGUGUAUGCGCAAAGCAGCUCUUUCAGAUAGAGUCGUUAACUAUGGGUUGCCGUCAAAGCCAACCGUUUCUGGUAACAUUCUUCAUGAUCUGUUCCAAAGUGCUCUAAAGGAUCAAGAGAAUGCUGUAACUAACAUAACUUCGAUCCUCGAAGAUUCUAUAAACAAAUACAUGAUAGAUAUUUAUUUUGCGAAUCUCAAAGUUGAUGAAUGUCGAGAAGAACUAAGCGCUCGUGUGCCUCUUCUUUUGGAUAUCGUCAAGAAGUUUUUCCAAAACGCAUAUUCUGAUAAGUCCAGUCAACAAGGAAAGAAAAUCUCUAUUCAAAAACUGCUUGACGUAGAGGAAUCUAUAUGGUCUCCUAAAUAUGGACUUAAGGGAAAUAUUGACGCGACUGUAGAAGCCCUACUGAAAAAUUCGUCAGGGGAAACACUUACUUUAACCGUACCCUUGGAAUUGAAAACAGGAAAAUAUAUAAACAACAUCAGCCAUUUCGCGCAAAGCUUGUUAUAUACUUUGCUAGUCUCUGAUCGUUACAGUAUUGGGGUUCAAAAUGCUUUGUUAUGCUAUUUGGAAAAUAGCAGUCUGGUAGAUUUGUCAGCGUCAAAAUCACAAAUUCGUGGUUUGCUUAUCGCGCGCAAUACUUUAGCACAGCAUAAUAUUCGUCGUUCUUUACCGACAAUGCUUAAAAGUGAACAUCAGUGUAAGCGCUGCUAUGCAGUUAAUGAAUGUUUUCUUUAUCAUAAAGCUCUUGAAAAUGGAACUCCCGAAACUUCAGGCGUCAAAGAUUUGUAUAAUUCAAUUACAGAUCAACUCGGCGAAAUUGAAUUGCAAUUUUUUAAGAAAUGGGAAAGACUCGUGACACAAGAAGAAAAUUUAACCCUUAAACGAAAAGGCGAUAUACUCACAACGAAUUUCUAUGAACUGGAAUUAUUAGGGAAAUCGUUGUGUGGUCUUACAAUAAAAGAAGAAAAAAUUGUUCCUCUUGAAAUUGACGAGAGCCUCUAUUAUUUUAAACUUGGUUUACAAAGUCGCGGGCAAAUAAGAAGCUCAAGCUUUAGUAUCGGUGAUCGUAUUUUCGUUUCAGACGAAGAAGGACAUUGGUCUUUAACCAAAGGUAUUAUCAAAGAUAUAAAUAAUGAUUACGUUUACAUACAGACAUUUCGCCAUUUAUUGACUCCUUGGAAAAAGCUAGAUAACUUUGAUGCCCAAAACAAUCAGGUGUUUUAUGGAAGCUAUCAUAAAAAGGAACAGAAGUACCCAGAAGUCACAAAGACAUUUAGAAUUGAUAAAGAUGAGUUUUCUGGUGGUAUAUCUUCAGUGAGAAGUACUUUAAUUGCUUGCGUUUUACCUGAUGCUCCAAUUACCAUAAAGGAUAUGAUUAUCAGAUUAAAGCCACCGACAUUUAAUUAUUCGAAUUGUCGCUUAGAGUCUUCACAAACAGAAGGAUUAAACGAAGAUCAAAUUAACGCCAUAAGAAAAUGUCAAGCUGCUGACAAUUAUGCGCUUAUCCUUGGUAUGCCGGGAACCGGCAAGACCACGACAAUUGCACGGUUAAUUCUAUCAUUUUUAGAUAAGGGCGCUUCAAUUCUCUUGACAUCAUUUACGCACUCUGCUGUGGAUAAUAUACUGCUUAAACUGCAGCAUUCAAACUACGAUAUACUACGAUUGGGGUCAAGUCAUAAAAUCCAUUCAAAAAUUAAAAAAUUUUGUCGUACAGCCGAUGAUUUACCGAAUGACUUAGAGUCUAUUAAAGAGUUUUAUGAAGCACCUCAGAUUGUUGCAUGUUCCGCGCUUGGAGUAUACCAUCCUCUAUUUCUACUUCGAAAAUUUGAUUAUUGCAUAAUUGAUGAAGCAUCUCAAAUACCUCUUCCUGUCUGUUUAGGACCAUUGAUGCAUACCGAAAAGUUUAUUUUGGUAGGUGAUCACUAUCAACUCCCGCCUUUGGUGAAAAAUCCAAGAGCUGCGAAAGGUGGACUAGCCAAAAGUUUGUUUAAGUUGCUUUCAGAGAAACAUCCAGAGGCCAUAGCAACGCUAAAAUUACAAUACCGGAUGAAUCAUGAUAUAAAUUCUCUAUGCAACAAUUUAAUUUACGGCGGUAACUUGAUUUGCGGAUCAAAGGAAGUUUCUGUAAACAAGCUCUAUCUACCUUCAAACAAAGUACCCGCUGAAAAGCCUGACAAUAUAACAAACAUGAGUUGGGUUCGCCAUUUAUUAAAUCCGGAUAAUUCUGUUGUUUUCUAUAAUACUGACUUACUUAGUAAUCUGGAAAAUAAGAAGGACAGAGUUAUGGAGAACCGGACGGAGGCUACACUGUUAGCUUGUGCGGUCCGCUCAUUGUUGACAAUGGGUAUAGAACAAAAACAUAUUGGCAUCAUAUCUAUAUAUAAGAGCCAGGUUAACCUUAUUAAAAACGAACUGAAAUCUUCUGAGGAAUUGGAAAUUAAUACCGCUGACAAAUAUCAAGGUCGAGAUAAAGAGAUUAUCUUCAUAUCAUUUGUUCGCUCAAAUUUAAGAAAAAAUGUCGGGGAUUUGCUGCGCGAUUGGCACCGCAUAAACGUUGCUCUGAGUAGAGCCAAAGUGAAAUGUGUUAUGUUUGGGUCAUUUGCUACUUUGUCGAAUUCAGUAGUGAUGAAUGAACUCAUUAUGCUGCUUACUAAAAACGAAUGGGUUUAUAAUAUUCAACCUAACGAUAUAAAGGAGACUCAGGAUGAAAAUUUGGUUCUGACCAUGUGCAAAUCGUAUACCGCUAUUGAAUAA